GCAUUACAUAUCUUUCUCUCUACUGCGUAAGUGGUAGCGAGAUAGUAAAAUGGCUGAAAUUAUUUUAUUACAAUUAUGGUGUAUUUUUCGUGACACAAUGUUCUCAACUAACAACAAACCACAUAAUUCUUUUACUUUGAAAAUUACAUAAAUUUAAACUUAAAAAUUAAAAUGAAUAGUUAUCGCAAACAUUUUGUUUUUCUUUACGCUCAUUUUCUUCACAGAAAGAACUACUAUCAACCCGACUUCUGUUAUAAAGUAUUUCGAAUUUUUCUUCCAUAGUUUUCAGAAAGCUCUUUAAAAUGUGUAAUGUAUUUAGUAGAAUCAUCAUGUCAUAAUAUAAAAGGAAUGCCUUUUGUGGUCGGACGGAAGUUUAGUCACAAAUCAUCCCCAUUGUCAAUUAUCCUUAUCCUUCAGAUGCCUUACGUUUCCGCUCUUUUUUAUCUAAACGAAGAGAGGGACUGGCAAGAUUUAAGCACCACACAUAAAGCUGUGGUCUUCAACCAUGAGGUGGCUUCUUCUCAGCUUCUUCGUUUUCGCAAAUGUUGCAGGUUAGUAGAAAUCAAAUUUAUACGUAUUGUUUUAUUACGUUCAUGGAAAUUAGGUAGAGACUAUGUUCGCUUAUCAUGUUUUCAGUAUUAUAGUGAUUUCAUCAAUGACGUGAAUUAUUCCAAUUCAUUACAUAAUUAUAACAAAAAAAUUCCCAAAUUAAUUCUCAACAAUAAUAUUUUAAACAAUUCCUCGUAUAUUGUUUUCCAUUCAUUAAAAUUGUUAUCUAUACAAUAAUAAAUAAGAGGUACACUAUACAAAUUAAUUUUAGCAAUCGCAUGCAUCACAAACGCUUCUCUUUUUUGCAGUUUUAGCUGGACAAUUUAACAGCUUGUAUGCAACAGAAGAUGAUGACAGUGACGAUAACAAUUGCUUGCCAAAAUUGGCCGAUGAAUGCUUCAAAUAUGUUUCUGACAAUUUGAAUUGCCAUUUAAACCCAAACAUAUCAACGGAAUGCGAGAAGAAGGAUGCAGCUGACCUAUGCAGUGCCAUUGAUGGUGGAUUGAAAUGUGCAAGAGAUAUAAUUGAUGGUGACUGUGAUAUUGAUGAUGGUAGAGAUCAUUUUGAUUUAUGGAUGAAUGGGCUUGAAAAAAUCCAUCUAACAAUUAACUUGGCAUCUUGCAGUACAAGAGCAUCAUCACAAACAUCAUCAUGUGUUUCACCACAAAAUGCCAUAAAAGAACUGUUGCAUACAUUCUUUACUGCAGAGACAC